AUGUUGCAUUUCAUCGGAAACACGGGGUUCCAGUUCGCCGCACCGGAAGCGACAAUCAUUAAUUUGGGCCCAGUGUCAGAGAAUUACUCUUACAUUGAACGGGGAUUCCGGAAUUGUCGUCUGCUGUGUUAUCAGCGUCUAGUUCAAACACGUCAUCUCACUCGGGACUGUGUGUUUCGUAUCCAACCGCUUGUGCAACGGCUGAGCACAAUCCGUGCUCGAUUCCGGCUUCAAUCGCAACCCCGGCCUAGACUUUUCUUUCUACUGCUCGCCUACUUUUUCCUUGUACAUUUUCUACUGCUCCGAUGUUGGCUACUCUAG